CUGUCUUUAUUUUAAAUAAAAACUCUCUCUCUCUCUCUCUGUCUCGGGGUUUCUCUCUCUAUUAUUUUCUGGUUCAAAUCACUGCCCCAACUCACAGUGACCCAAUCUUUUACCCCACACUCAAUUCCGGCAUCAAAAACUGAAAUCACCUAUAUACUCGAUUUGUUCGUCGGUGAGCCCGCGGAUUUUGCAAUCCUUUUUCUCCAUGAAUCUGCACUCCUUGUUGUAAAGCCUUGGUAUUGGCGUGUGUGUGUGUUUUUUUUAAUCCGUGUGAUUUGGUUCGUGUGUUACUGUUCCGAUGCUUUUUCGCAAGUCCGGUGGGUUUUGUAGAUUGUGCCCAGAUCUCGACGCCUUUUGAUCUGAACUAACAGUUGGGAAUCCGUACUGAAAUUGGCGUCAAUUGGAACUUGAGAAGAUUGCUUUUGGUGGGCUGUUAAGUGAUGAUUAAAAAUAUUCUAAACAAAAUUCCCCGGAAACAGGCGAAGCUCGCGGAGAAUCGGGAUGGGGGAUCCUCUGCUUUGCCUUCGAAUGAGUCGUCUACUUUGAGAGGGAGCUUUGCUGCUGGUUCCCGAUCAGCCAAUCCGAAUGCUCCCUCUGUUCCUGGAACAAAUAAUUCGGCGCAGACAUCUGGCCCGAAACAUGGGAACAAACUUGUUGACCAAUUAAAUUCGCGGAUGAAUGGGAGUGUGGGGCCCGGGCCUGUUCCGUACGAGGCCUUGCCGAGCUUCAGAGAUGUGCCCAAUGCCGAGAAGCAAAGCUUGUUUAUCAAAAAGCUGAGCUUGUGCUGUGUGGUGUUUGACUUCACUGAUCCCACCAAGAAUCUGAAAGAAAAAGACAUCAAACGGCAGACAUUAAUGGAGCUAGUCGACUACAUCACGUCAGCCUCGGGGAAAUUCAGCGAAUCGCUGAUGCAAGAGAUGGUAAGAAUGGUGUCCUUCAAUCUAUUCCGUGCCCUAUCCACUCAGCCUCGCGAGAACAAAGUUGUGGAAGGAUUUGACGUGGAAGAAGAAGAGCCAUUAAUGGAUCCCGCGUGGCCACAUUUGCAAAUUGUCUAUGAGUUCCUUCUCCGGUUCGUUACUUCUUCAGAGACCGACACCAAACUGGCAAAGCGCUACAUUGACCAAUCUUUUGUUUUAAAGCUGUUGGAUCUCUUUGACUCUGAAGAUCCUCGGGAACGGGAGUACUUAAAGACUGUUCUGCACCGCAUAUAUGGAAAGUUCAUGGUGCACAGGCCGUUCAUUCGGAAAUCCAUAAACAAUAUAUUCUACCGUUUCAUUUUCGAGACAGAAAAGCACAAUGGGAUCGCUGAGCUGUUGGAAAUUCUGGGCAGCAUUAUUAACGGAUUCGCCCUUCCAUUGAAGGAAGAGCACAAGCUUUUCCUUGUCCGGGCUCUCAUUCCUCUCCACAAGCCGAAGUGCAUAACCAUGUACCACCAGCAGCUAACUUAUUGCAUCACGCAAUUUGUCGAGAAGGACUGCAAACUUGCUGAUACGGUCAUUAGGGGGUUGCUCAAGUAUUGGCCGGUAACAAACAGUUCGAAGGAGGUGAUGUUCUUAGGCGAGCUGGAGGAAGUGCUCGAAGCAACUCAGCCCCCCGAAUUCCAGCGCUGUAUGGUCCCUUUGUUCCGUCAGAUUGGGCGUUGCUUAAGCAGCUCGCAUUUUCAGGUGGCCGAAAGGGCUCUCUUUUUAUGGAACAACGACCAUGUCGAGAAUCUGAUCAAGCAAAACCGUAAAGUGAUUCUUCCGAUAAUCUUUCCUUCCCUGGAGAGGAAUGCCCGAAGCCACUGGAACCAGGCAGUGCAGAGCUUGACCCUCAAUGUCCGCAAAAUCUUCUCAGAUGCAGAUCAGGAGCUGUUCGACAAGUGCCUGCAAAAAUUCCAAGAAGACGAAUCACAGGCAGAAGAAACCAAGACAAAACGCGAAGCAACAUGGAAACGCCUGGAGGAAUUAGCUGCUACGAAGAGCCCUAGCAAUGAGGCAGCAGCUCUUCCUCCCCCGAGAACAACCGCCAAGAGGACAUCCGGAUCCGGCUGAUUCCCGACACCUUUUUCUUAUUGAUUUCAUAGAUGGAAGGAGGUGAAGGAUGACUGCCAAGUGGGAAUGGAACAGAUGAUUUUGUUGCCUGAUUUUUCCCUCCAAUUUGUGAUAUAAGAUAUAUAUAUAUAUAUAUAACAUGUAUCCUCGUUUGAUCAGGCUGAAGAAAUGAAGGAAAAAGGAAUAUGGAAUGAUGAGAGUUUGAUGGUGUUUUUUAAUGUAGAAGAAGAAGAGGAGGAAGAGGAAGCAGGGAAUGCUGUACAUACAACACAGAGCAGAAUUGGCACUAAAAACUCUACAGCAGCUCUUCAAUUAGUGAGUCAGUCGGUCAGUCAUUUUUAUUGUUAGAAAAAGAUCUUCAUGUUUUUGAAAUUGGGGUUUUCAGUUUAUUUUAUUACUAUGUACUUACUUAUUAUAUAUAUAUAUUUAUAUUUAUAUCAUGUAUAACUAUAACAUCAUCAUCCAUCAUCAGCAUCAACUUUUUUAUUA